AUGCCUACUGAAGUUAGUGAUGAUAUCGAGGGGUAUUCCUCCUAUAUCUUGCGUAUCACUGGUUCUUUGAUUAAUGGGCAAAAGGUGGUCGUGAAUAUCACAGGCAUCCGACCAUUCUUCGAUGUUGAAGUACCUGAAAACCAUUCCCCCUCUUCACUUAAGACCAUAUUAGCACGCAUUUUAUCAGUUACACUCAAAAAUACAACAAAAUUUGGGUUUGAGGAUAUUCAUGCUUUUCCACUUCAGGGCUAUUAUACAGAAAAGAAAGCAUAUAUCCGUAUAAGGACGUGGAACCACUUUGAUCGGUAUAAUGCCCUAAAAGCAGUUCGUGAAGUCGGCAUUCGUACAGCUUCGGAUGAUCUAAACUGCCAGUAUUAUUACCGCAAAGUAGCUCGUGAAGAACGAUUACCUCUUUCAAGCUGGGCCGUAUUAAGCAAUUAUUUAUAUGAAUUCACCUCGGAUGGUACUUACCUAUUUCGACUAUCUGUGAAUAAUUAUAAUCCAAUAAGUGAGGAUGAUUAUAAUAAUCCAUUAUUCUCCUCGGCACUUACGAGGGAUCGAACCCUCAUACUCACAUGGGAUAUUGAGACAUAUAUGCAUUGGAAAGAUGAUCCCGAACAGUUAAAACAAAUCUGUCUUGUCGAUGUUGAAACAGCACCAGAGCCAGGCUGGAUCACAAUUGUAUGUGGAUCCCAGACAGAUUUAAUAAAAGCAUUCACUUUAUGUUGGAAACUUCUAGCCCCAGAUAUACACAUAGGAUUUAACGAUUCUCAAUACGAUUGGCGGUUUAUUGUAGAGAAAGAUAAUAAAUUAGGAGUUCUCGAAUGGAUGUUCAAUCAUAUGUCAUUCAAGCCAUCGAGCCUGGAAAAAAUUAUAAAAUGGGAAUAUCGAUAUAAUAUGAUAAAACAUUUUACCUAA